GUGCAAAACUAGGUAGCUGCUACGCAGUAAAGCUGGCACUGUAGAUAGAGCCAGGAGGGUUUUUCAGACUUAAUCGUUGUUUUUAGGUGGUUACUUGUUAUGGCGUUUGUGUGUAAUUAAUUAGAGUGGCGUUCUGUUGUGUCUUGUGCCACCGUGACCGAAGGUGUUGCAUGUGGGCAUUACUUUCCCCGUUGUAAACUCCGGUUUUAAAGUGUAUUACAUAUUAAAAAUAUGAUAUAUUCUAUCAAAUGUUUUGUUAUAACAUAAUUGUUUGUUCGUCGUAUGCUUGAGAAUUUUACACUUGAAUUAUAAGGGGCUAACAAGGCAGGGUCAGUGGCUAGCUUAAAUGCGCAACACGUGGUAACUGCCACGCAGUAAAGCUGGCACUGUACUUAGAGCCAGGAGGGUUUUUUAGUCUUAGUCAUUGUGUUUGGUGAUUAAUUGUUAUGGAAUGUGUAAAUAAUUAGAGUAGUGUCCUGUUUUAUUCUUAGCGGUGGUUCGUUUUUUCUGUUGUCUUAUUGCGCCGCCAUCACCGAAGGUGUUGCAUGUGGUAAUGACCUUCCAAAUUGUGCGGUAGAAAUCGGAAAGGUUUCCGUGUACACGCCGAUUCUCGCUGUUAACGCUUAGGGUUGUGCGGUAUGGAAUGCUCCAAUAAUAAUUUAGCUCGCCUUUGCCAUGUUUAACACGUUUUAAUUAUAAUAUAAAGAACAUAUCUAUUCAAACAAGAGGUAACUUUAGCCUGGCGCGUGCAUUGUGACGUAUUUGAAAAUUCCCAGACAGGAAUAGAAAGACUAUGUCGCUAGCAUGAAACUUAUGUUAACACUUUGCAUUGACGGAUGGAAUUUCAAUAGUUUUAAUAUUAGUUAUUUUAAUAAUUGUGGAUUUCCAAAAGGAGUCAUAUAAUUAACUUUAAGUGUCCAUUUGGUGCUAAACUUUGGUUAUGCAGCCGGUUAUGUCAAUGAUACUACAUGUAAUUUGUAAAUGCAAAUAUUGAUGGCAAGGCUUUUUGUGUAGACUGAUAAAUUAAUGCAUUAAAGUAGAUACUGAACCAUGGAGUUAAUUAAUGCCAGAUAUAUUGUAUUAUACCAACAGGAGUUGAUGCCAGUUGUCAGUUUUAACAGAAGUCAUGUUGAUCAAAGCAAAACUGAACAAUGAGUAGAAAUACAUCAAGAUCAGUGAGCCAAACUUGGCCGAGUUCUUGAAUUCUGCCUUCAUGAAGUUUUCGAUGCCACCCAUCACAGACGGUGUUAAAGUCUUUGAUGAGACUGGAACAGAAGUGGAUGCAGAAGUGUUUGAGGAAGUAGCACAGCAACCCAAUGCUGGUGUAUUUACGAUUAGAUUCGAUACUGAUUCUGAGGGAACACUUUCCGCUGCUUGCCAGCAGGAUUCAAAUGCAUCUCAGCCUGAUUCAUCCAGCUUCACUGGAACUUUCAGUCUGUAGUUCUGAAGGUACAGUAAUUUUGGAACUUGAAUCCUGCAACUCUGAUGACACAAUCAUCCUGGAUAAGAACAGCCCUUCCAGAAAACGCCAGAGAGAGAAUGACAAUGCCAAACAUGUAGUUGAAUCUACAUUGGCAAAGAAAACUGGUGGAGAUCGCAUUAUUAAAGAAUACAACCGAACAAAAGGGCUUACUGACUCUUCACGGCGUCAGAUGGUUAAUAUCCUUGCUGCAGACAUGACUGAAACCUAUGGGACAGCACCGCCCCGGCAUAUAAGGGAGAUGUAUGCUCAAGGCAUUGUUGAGAUGUUCCCUUAUCUCAUGGAUCCCUAUUCUAAAAAAGGAUAUGAACAUUUUUAUGACGGUGAAAGUGGGACUGGCUAUCUUGCAUGGAGGCUCAAAAUCAGAGGAGGAGUUCUUCAGCAGAAAGCAGAGGGCCAUCACAUCUGCUGGCUGGUGGUGGGCCGACAGCUAAAAGAGAGGCUUUGUUUAACCCUGAGGUGAUCUUAAGUGAAGAGCAAUGCAAGGAGGCCAUGUCUUUAAUGAAAUACUGUUCUGAUGAAGCCACUAUCAAGGAGAAGAUGAAAGUUACAUUUGAGCGUUGCCGCAACAUGGUUUUGGACAAGGAAAAAUCUUCAUUCGUCUUGGAUGAAUUUCCACGCUUUAAAGAUGUUGAAGGCUUGAUUGCGCAAGAUUUCCACCUUCAGUUUGGACACGAUGUAGCUGCCAGGCUUUUGGAAAGGUGGCCUACAACAUUCAAGCAAAAGGUUAUUCAGCAGAGCAAGACUCUGCCCUCCUCAGCCGACCUUGAAGUGCUGAUCCAAUGUGCAGAAGCCACCUCUGAGGAAGUGGACAUGGAUGACAUUCUUGUCUCUGGAUGGGACAGUGAUCUCUCCUCAAUUAUCCUCCUCCUUCACCUGAUUCCUCCUUCCGCCCAAGGCCGUAAAAGACCAGGCAGAGUGUCGGCAUCCCAAGCGGAGAAGCAUCUUGUUGUGUUCAAGAAGAGUGGAACAAGUAUUGAAGAACACGUGGAUUCUAUCAACACUAGUAAGCAGCCCUAUCUACUUGCUCUCGGCAGGAAGAGGAGCACCAUCCACAAGUUCGUCAUCAUUCUGGACAAGCAGGUUAUACCGUGCAAAUCAACAACCUCUCUUGGGGCGUUUGAUGAGUUGUUCAAAGCACACUUUGUGUUUGGCACUACGUAUAAUCAGAUGCUGCACAACAUGUACACCUUCAUACAGACGACCAUCUUCCAAAUAGAUAUUGGCAAAGUUCGUGAGAGCCCACGUGUGGCAGAGAUUAGGGCAAGGCUGUUACACUUGACAAUGCAUUCACUAAAAUGUAAGCAACCUAUUUGUUGCUCAUCUAUCUAUGGGAUUUUUAUUUUUUUGUAAUUUUUUGUUGAUGUUGGUUAUUACAUUUGUCUUUUAAUACAGAUGGAGCGGUUCAUUUUCGCUGAUUUCAGUCGACUGUCAGUCACCUUUCUGACGCUGAUCACACACUUAUCACACCCUCAUCAGCCGACUGUCAGCAGCCCCCCUCCUUGGUCUGUCUGGGGAAGGUGUUAAAAAUGUUAAUGAGGCCACCCCCAUUUUAACACCAAAGAUGCAAUUCCAGGGUAAAACCAAAAGGUGGAGCUUUAGUAUCUGACCCGUAGAGUUAGGGUCAAACAGCAAGUAUAGGCACAGUUCUGAGAACAGGACAUAGAUCUGAUAAUGUCAGUUCUACACUGUUUGCUAGGGCAGACAGACAAACAGACAGACAGACAAUAGUCUGUCUAAACAGUCAACUAAAAGUUGAGAAAACUCGAAAAGUUGACUUCAUUUCAGAAUUAAAUGUUGUACUAACUUUUUUUAAUCAUAGAUAAGCAUCGGCAGCUCACGCUGCCACAGCUGCCAAACUACCUUCUGGAGGUUUAUCAGUUACUGGCUGUAUUAGGUUGAGUUGGACUUCACAAAUGAAAUUAUUAAAUUCUCAUUCUAUAUAUUAUUCUUAUUCACUUGAAUGUAGUGUGUGUCAGUCUGCCUGCUUCAGGAGCUGUUUUAAAUUAAAAAAAGAACAUUUGAAUGUUCUAAUCAAGCUUAGAUGAACAUAACAAUAGAGAGCCUCUUUUCAGACAGAACGGCCAUCCACAGCACCAGUUAGACUGGUUUCACACCACCCCCUUCUCCCCAAAGCACCAGAGUCCUGCAGUGCUGUUACCUAAAGUAAUGUAACCAGAUACAUUUGUGAACUACCUUAUCCAUCCAUCACUUAUAAGAUAACUUUUAUAUCCUAAAGCCAUAGACUUAACACUUUCUUUUUAACAAGUUUUAUUUACAGAUUUUAUAAACGUCCAGUUCAUUUGACCAUUUUCUAAACCAAGUUGUCUGAAAGUUGGGUCACUACAUUCUUUUAGAGCAGAAAUGUUUGUCAAGGAGCUUCUACAUUAUAUGUCCUUCAUGGGGGACAUGGUCUUCACACCAUCUUACAGUCCUUUGUUCAACUGAUGAGCCAGUUCUUUACAAGUGUGAAGUGAAGCCUAUUGUAAAUAGAGGAUAGUGCCUAACUUUACUCAGACUGAAGGUUCCUGCACUCUUGGUAAUGUUUCUGCUUUAAAAAAAGUCUGUAAGUUAACUUUAAAAUUAUUGAGCAGUCACAAUCAGCCAAUUGCGGUGACAUUUGGCAGUAAAAGGUGACUGAAAUGACACAGAACUGGAAGGCAUAACUCAUAACACAUAUGUAUGCAGAUCUCUGUAUUUUGUUUCACUUGAAUUUGUGUGGUAAACGAAAGACACCAGAGGCAAGUUUACACCAGGAGUCUCUAGCUGGGAGCUCCUGUGCCUUAACCACUAGGCUGUUGGUCCUCUGAGGGAGACCUACUGUAUGGACAGUAACUAAAUUCCUUCAUACAGCAUUAUGUUAACAGAGCCUUGAUUUGAGUGAAACCUUUAAAGUUAUGGAUCCAUGAAGAAUUUUCUUUUUAAGCAGUUUACAAAUAUAUUUGAUUUUUAUGCCUCAGGUGAAGUUGUGUGGAAGUUGAGUCAUGUCAACUCUUUCAGUCUGGUGUCCUUCUUGGGGGAGGGUUCAUUUUUGUGUCUUUUGUUCACGUAACGAGCUACUUCUUUGCAAGUGUGAAGUGAAGCCAAACUGGAGGAUGAUAUGGAACUUCCCUCAGACUAAGGAAGCUUUUGGUAUUUGUCAGUUAUCAAAAAAUGCCAGUAAAUGUAGAGCUAAACAUUACAAUACAGUAAUACAAACAAUACAGUAUAAUUAAAACAAAUAAAAUAUCCAUGUGGAUGUUGACUGAAUGUUUGACUAAAGGUCAUUGUAUUCAUAACACCUGUAAUUUUCUACUUGCUUAGACAUAAAUAACUUUAUAUUCAGUUAUAAACUACUUUACAUUUAAGACGCUCAUUUCUGUUCACUUCUAAUCUGCCUGUGGGCCUGGAUUACACAUCACUGCUCCACCUGGUGCAUGAAUGGGCAAUUGCAGGUCAUUUCUUAAAAAAGGUUUAGGGGGCGUUAACAAGGCAGCCACGCAUUAAGUACAUCACAGUGGGGGGUCAUGACUGGUGUAGGGGGGCUUGGUGGAAUGGUACCUAAGUCAUGCUAAUGUCAUGACAAGAUCAGUGUGAAAUCCUGCAGCAACGAGGCAACGAAAAUUUGCCGCUCCAUCUGUACAAUGGGUCUGAUUUGUUUUGUUUGCCAGACUACUUUUGGCAGUACAAACUUGCUUGUGAGACAUAUGCGAUUGAUUCAUGGAUUUCACCCUGGUAAAUCACUUCGCCUAAAGUGUGGUCAGGCAGGGUGCUGCCAUUUUUUUGGUACCUUUGCAGGCUUAAGGAAACAUUUAAACACACGACAUGCUCAAGAAAUUGCAGAGCAUGGGGUCAGAAGUCACACUGUAGCCUGUGAUAAUGUUCCAGAUAAUGUUCUGUCCCAUGAUGUUGAAGCAGCCGGUAGCUCCCAAGACAGUAGCUCUCAAGACCUAUCAGGGACCAACAGAAGCAUUUGUGAUAUGUGUGGUUCUGCUAUUGCACAGCUUCAAGUUUCUGGUGUUGGCCAGUCUUCAUUGAAUAGUUUUGUUCUGUCCAUGGAGGAAGUGGCACUGGAGAUACAGAGUCAGGCUAAAGAAGCAGCCUUAAAAUGUGUGCAUUCACAGGAUACUAGUACAAAAGCUAAAAUUGAGCAAAGUUUUAAACAACUUGAAAAUCCUUUUACAUCCUUGAAUUCAGAUUCGAAGCGAAGCCUUUAUUUUAAAGAAAAAUAUAAAACUAUUGAGCCAGUGGAGAAAGUACUUGGUGUCAGAUUUGAGAACAGAAGAAAUAGAUGUACUGGAACUUAUGAUCAGGUAGUUGUUACAGAUAAAUUUGCUUAUGUUCCAAUUUUACAAACUCUGCAGUCAAUUCUAAGUAAUCCACAUCUUAGUGAUAUCUUUACAUCUAGUCACACUCCAAAUGAUGGUGUAUAUUGUGAUAUAAAAGAUGGGUUGUAUAUGAAAAGGCAUCCUCUUUUUUCAAGCAAAAAUUUGGCAUUGCAAAUUCAAUUAUUUUAUGAUGAAUUCGAGACAGCUAAUCCUCUUGGAUCCAAAAAAGGUGUCCAUAAAUUGGGAGGUAUAUACUUUACAUUGAGAAAUUUUCCACCAAAGUUAAAUUCAUGUUUAGUUAACAUACAUUUGUGUGCACUUUUUCAUGCCCAAGACAUUAAAACCUAUGGAUUUGACACUAUACUUGAAAGUGUUGGAAACUGAUGGGAUUGAAGUUCCUGUGUUCAAAAGUCCUGUUCAUGGCAGCAUUGUACAAGUAACAGGGGAUAAUCUUGGUUUACAUGGACUGUUUGGGUUAGUAGAAUCAUUCAGUGCUCGGAAUUGUUGUCGAUUUUGUGUCAUAGACAAAAGUGAUUUUCAGACGGUUUUCUGUGAAGAUGACCAGAGUGUAUUAUUUCGAACAAAAGACAUGCAUGAAAAGCAUUGCCAUACUCUACAAACAAAUCCACAGCUACCUCAUGUAUGUGGUGUUAAGCGUUCAUGUUCAUUGAAUUCUCUGAAAUAUUUUCACACAAUUGAUAAUUUUUCUGUUGACAUAAUGCAUGAUAUUCUUGAAGGAGUUGCACAGUUUGAAGUGAAACUUAUCUUGGAGUAUUUGCAGAAGAACAUCUUGACUUCAAAACAGUUAGCACGUAGAAUAGAGUCAUUCAACUAUGGUUACACUGAGAGGAGAAAUCGCCCACCUGCAGUUAAGUUAAAUGAUGGAAGUAAUGAUUUGGGCCUGAAUGCCAUCCAGUCGUGGUGUUUGUUGCGCAACAUGCCAUUAAUAUUUGGUGAUUUAAUAGAGAGCGACAAUGAAUACUGGCAUCUUUUACUGUUGCUUGAGCAGAUAGUGGAUAUUGUUUUCUCUCCAGUCAUAACAUAUGGCAUGACCAUCUUUUUGAAGCACAUAAUUGUUGACCAUCACCGGCUUUUUAAGCACCUGUUUCCUGAUAGAAAUCUCUUGCCUAAGCAUCACUUUAUGUUACACUAUCCUAGAUGUAUAAGGAAUAUUGGACCAAUUGUGCACACAUGGUGCAUGCGUUAUGAGGCUAAGCACAAAUUUUUCAAGACUCAACUAAAAAGUUACAAAAACAUCACAAAGACUUUAGCUAAAAAGCAUCAGAGAUAUAUGGCCAUGUGUUGGGAAUCUUUUACCCAGUGCAGAUUAACAAUUGGUCCAGGAAAAAUGGUGCAGCUUCAAGAUUUAAAAGAAGGUCCAGAGUUUGCGGUCAAAUUAAACUCUGCAUUAUCAACAACUGUCUUGUCUGUGAGGUGGGUAAAGCACUAUGGCACUGAAUAUCGCCCUGACUUAUUAGUAUGUGUGGAGGUAACUGAUGAGAUGCCAGUAUUUUGUAAAAUUAAGACUAUAUUAGUGAAAGAUGAGCAGAUUUUACUCAGUGGCACUGCUGUUGAAACCAUUUGCUUUGACAAACAUUUUCAUUCAUUUAAAAUUGUGUUUAGGCCAAUUCAGACACUUAAGGUAUUCAGUGUUAAAGACUUGCUGUAUUAUAAAACAAUGGAUGUUCAAAUGGCAUAUGGAUCAGCAGAUUCUUCACUUUUUAUAGUUCCAUACUGCCAUCUAAUGAAGCUUUGACCAGAAAGUUCUAAAGAUUUGAAUGUUUGUUGGCUAACAUUUCACUAUGUAUUUGGUACAUUACCAAAAUCUGACUGUUAUACUGCUGCUUUUAAUCGGUCAGCACAGUAAAAUGUUGGUUCUGUCAUUGAUAUUGUUAGUUUUACAUGCUGCACUGUUGAACGUGAAAUAUGUUUAGCACAUAAGUAUAUACCAAGUAUAAUGUGUGUGUAUAAUUAGGUAGGUAAGUUUACAGAAAAAAACAUGUCUUCAGGGCUUUUAAUUUUGUUAUACAACUGUGAAAAUGUUAUUUGACCAUAUCAAAACCCGGUGGGUUAAUGUUUUUAUUUAUGCUUUUAAUAAAAUAGAGACAUGGAUAUGUUGAA